GCGGAUCGUAUUGCCCUUGCUCGUGCUCGAGCACAGAAUCUCAAAGAUAUGUUUGAAAGGGAGCUAUUGCGUCAAGCAAACGCUGCAGAAGCAGCAAGAACUCCUGCUGCCAAAACGACAAGUGAGAGAAAGGGGCAAUUGCUGUCAAGGAAGGCGUCACCGCCCACCAGUCAUGCUGGGGAGCAACAAAACACAAAAACCUCGUCUGGGACAAGGAACACACCUGCUAAAUCGGAGCCGGUGGCGGUAGAGGCACCGGCUAAACCUUCGAAGAACAAAAAGAAAAAGAAGAAGGGCGCAGCUCUCGCCAACGCAUCCAAUCCCCAUCAUUCCCGCAAUUACAUACCCUCACGACUCCCUAAUUCUGUGCCCAAAUCGUCAGCUGCAGUGACGCAAGCUGGUCAAAAUCCCAUCAGCCCCCUGCCCAUCCACUUUCUGAGUGCCGACCUACCACGCGAUGAAAAAAAUGGCCGGAUGGUCCCCAUUUCAAAGGCGCCAAUCGUGAAAGCAUCGGAUGAGUGGAUCUGUUUGUUUUGCGAGUAUGACCUGUUCUAUGGCUGGGAGGCAAGCUUUCGUGAUGCAGUCAAGAACCGGAAGAAGAUCCUGCGUCGUCGCCGUCGUGCGCGGGAGAAAGCGGCCAUGAUCACCACAGGGUUUGGCCGAGCGAAUUCGCUGGCACCGUCGAACUACGUCGAGGAUGAGACAGAUGAGGGGGAAGAGUACGAUGAAGAUGAGGGGGAACGAGGACAGGACCUCGAAUAGCAGCCACUUCGAGUGACGAACUGCCUAAUCCGGUGUGCGGAGGUCCCUUCAUUCAUGACGAUCUCUGGCUUUCUCGUUCACUUUUUGCCUCAUAUGUGUUGUUUUCUUUAUACAAAAAUCC